UCAUCUUUUGAAUGGCGAUGGGGCUUGGUCUUCAUUGUUUCGCUCAACCUCGGGAUGUUGAGAAGAUAUGCUGAACUUGAGCCUUAUUAGUCGCAUAUCUUUAGAUUUGUAUGACGUGAAUUACUCGUUUUUUCUUUCUUUCUUUCUUUUUUCGAGAUGGCUCCGACAUUCUUAGAGGCUACAGCUGUCAAGACAUUAGAUUCUCAUACGUACUCCGCCAACUUUUUAUCGGAGUGGUGCAUAGGCUCGGUACCUCACGGUGGCGUCGUUACAUCUACCUUUCUUCGCACUGCUGCAACUCAUUUCAGUACCACUCUCAAGGCGCAGAACCAACCGCACACGAUAUCUCUGCAUCUCGAGUUUCUGCGGCGAACUCAGGAAGGCCCAGCUACUUUAGCAGUACGCGACGUCAAGCUCGGCCGUCAAACGUCAACUAUUCAUAUCGCGCUAUCUCAGGAUGGCCGCGAGGAGGUCGUGGGUUAUCUUACGCACUCUAACAUAGCUACCGAAACGGGCCCAUCCCUCAAGACCCUUUGGUCAUUGCACCCGUCUCCGCUACCACCGCCGACUAAUUUUGUCGCGCUUCUUGCUGAUGGCGGAAACGCUGCCUGGGCUGAGCAGAAGAACAAACCGUUUGUGAAAUUUCGCAAGGUGUCUAACCACGUCCGCUACUUUCUUCCGCGGGGUGGUCAGGUUGUGCCGGGCGUGGUAGAUCAAUGGGCAUGUUUUGAAUCGGGUGAGACGUUGACGAAUGAGGGCGUAGGCUUCUUGGCGGAUCACUUCCCCUCCGUCGUCGACGCGUUGUGGCCCAGAGAAAAUGGAGGGGAACGUCCACCAACCUUCUGGUAUCCUACCGUAGCCCUAAACUUGGACGUUAAGAAGGCUUUACCGCCCGAAGGCGUUAAAUGGCUGUUCACGCGCGCGCGCGCAAAGUGUAUUAAGAACGGAAGAAUGGACCUGGAGGUUGUCAUCUUUGAUGAGGCCGGAGAUAUUGUAGCGCUCAGUCAUCACGUUGUCUUGAUCGUAAGUGCAGAGAGAAACACGGCAGCGCGGAAGACGGGACAGCCGAAAAUAUAGAUCUGCCAGUUCAUGGUUCGCUCCAAGAAUACGAGGGGCAAGUUUUCCGUAACUGCAAAGCCAGGCCUUUUCACAGGCAGACUUCUAUUUGAAUUCUACCUCGAGGUAGGUAGAUCGACUUACAUAGUGAGAUGAGCACAACUUAAGUAUCUAAUUCUAAGUAGACUUAUACAGC